UUAUUUAAUUACAAUUUACAGAUUAAAAGAUGAAAUACUGCUUUCUUUUGAAACUUAACAUACUUUUAUAACUUAUACUUAUUAUGCCACAAUGGAUACAGUAGAAUAUGGAUCAAAUACAUCAUUGGAGUCCGAACCCUGUAUUAAGUGGUUUCCAUCAUUGGAACUGGCAGAACAAGAAUUAUAUAGGCAUGAAGUUGAUACAAUGUGUUCAUUUACUUUAUUUAAAAAGAAGAAGAAUGAUCCAGAUAAGCGACGCAUACAUUGGGACAAAGACAAUAUACCAUUCUUUGUAAUGGAGUUUAUUAGGUACCAAUGUACACAUGGCAAGGUUAACCGAGUGAGACGGACUCCUGCACUUGUGACGAAGCAAUUGCGUGUUAAAAAAUCAAGAAAAACAGACUGUGAAGCUUGCAUUACAAUUCGGGAAAUUAUAAAAUUUCCGCAAUUUCAGGUUGCACCACAGCAGCGUAGUUUUAAGAAUAAAAAAACACUUAUUUCAAAAUUCAUAAAGAAAAAUUUAGAUACCAACAAAGAUCUAGUUAAAUGCACGCUAUUUCGAAUGACUUUUCCUGGUCCUGCUGACCAUUAUGGUCAUGAGAUUGGAAAGGUUCAGGUGGGAACUGUAACAAACCUGAACCGGUUAGUUUUGAAAUAUCUCAAGGAAAUAAUCGCUAAAGGAAACUCAUCAGUGCCUGAGCUUAAGCAGCUUGUUGACAAGUAUGUUGUUGAAGAACUCUUCAAAGAUAGAACUCCACCACCACCAACAAAUAGAAUAUUUUACCCAACUGAUCAUACUAUUCGCAAUCAUUUGUACAAAGCUGGUAUUAAAGCGACACCACAUCCAAGGCGCAAACGUAAACCAAAACAAGCUUCGUUAGCGCUUGAAUCCUCCAAUACAGACAAUUUUGAUAUACUUAUUGAUGCGACUGAAGCCAUACAAGAUAAAUCAGUUCAAACUAAUAGGAUGCUGGAACUUAUAGAUACAAUUAAAGAGGAAAUGUACAAUGUUACUUCAAUAGAUGCCUUGGUACAAGCAGAGGAUCUUUUACAGACAGCUUUACAAGUUCUAAAAAACAGUUGCGUUGACACAGUUGUAAGUGAUGAGAUGGUUGUAAGUGAUGAGAUGGAUGCAACUGACAUACAAGGAAAAAGAAAGAUGUUACCCAUAUCAAAUGGCGAAGAACCACAAUCUAAGUUUCAAAAGAUGUAUGAAGAUAUUUUGAGUGGUACAUCUCAGCCACAAGUUUUUACAUCAGACAGUAAUCAGUUGACACUACAUACAAAUCCUGGGGUGAAUAUUGUGGUUAAAACACAAGAUAAAAGAAAAUCAACAAUACCAAGAAAAAGGAGUUCAACCAAAAUAGUGCCUUCAAUAAAUUUGAUGGGUCGUAAUGUAAAUCAGCCACUCCUAAAAAUUGGACAAAAUACACUCUCUUAUGUACAACUUAUGACUUUGGAAAAAUCUGUAAAUGCUGUAGAUAGGAAUUGCCUGCGUUCAUUUGACGAAACUUUUCAAGUUGGAAAGUUAUGUGACAAUAUCAUUAACAGUUAUUUGUGGCAGCUUACCUCAAGAUAUGAUCAUGUCAUCUAUGCUGAUACCAGUGUUGGAUACAUGAUUCAGCAUGGUGGAGAUGUGGGACAAUUAUGGGAAAACGUUAAAAAAAGUGAAAAGUCUUAUGCAUUUAUUCCAUGGAAAUCAAAAAGCCAGUAUUGGGUUAUGUUAGCAAUCAAUAUCAAGAACCGCAAGCUACUAUACUUGGAUCCAAACCAAACAGAUGAUAUUGAUAAAACACAGCACGUUUAUGAGGCCAAGGAAUUCAUCAAUCGAUCAUUAUCAGACAUUUUAGGAUUUUCUUUGACUUCAAGUGCCACCAACGUGCAUAAGCCCAAUAAAGGGAAUAUGUCUCCUGGUAUAUACGUGUGCAUGUACGCAUACUGGCUAACAAAAGGAAUGAGCUUAGUACAACCCCACAAACCUGUAUUGUUUCGGAAACAUAUUUUUGACACCAUAAUAGGAAAUUGUACAUUGGGUUUUCAGAACAAAGACAAUUGCAAAGUGUGUCAUAAAAAUAUCAGACAUAUAACUGGCAACAGUACAUUGUGGGUAGAGUGCUCAUCUUGUCAACAGUGGUAUCAUGCGCAAUGUGUGGGAAUGUCUGAAGAACAACUUAUAUGUGAUGCUGAUUUUUCAUGUCCAAGAGAUCUGAACUGAUUAUUGACAUUAUCCCAAACCAUAAUUUGGUGUUCAGUUUAAACAUAUAAAAUGUAAUGGUUUAACAUGUGGUCAUAUAUUCACAUAUUUAAAAUUUACUGUGACAAAUAUUAUAAAUUGAAUUUGUUGUACCAUAGUUUUCUCCCAUUAAAACAAAUCUGUACCUAAAAUAAUAAAAAGAAUAUAUAUGUAACAAUGACAUAAAUACAUUUUUUUAUGAAACAAUCACUUUGUUCUGCUGUGCAUGUUGCUGCUCGGUUGGGAGUGAUGUUUCAGCAUUACAAGUUAUUGGGUUGGUACCAGA